UUUAUAAUUUUUAAAAAUAUUUCUCUCUCCUCUUUAUAUAUCUCACUGUCUUCUCAGUGUCAAUCCCUGUGUUCGUCUUCCAGUAGAGAGAGAAACAGCAGUAGGAGUAAUAGCAGUAGCAGCAUCUCUUCCCACUGCUAUUUCAGAGUGUUUUUCUUUCUAUAAAAAAAAAAAAAAAAAAAAAAAAAAAAAAAAAAAAAAAAAAAAAAAAGAGUUUCUAUUAAAUUUUUGUUAGAAAUUUGAAUUUCUGGUGGGGGUGGCCGAUAUGCAGCAGCACCUGAUGCAGAUGCAGCCCAUGAUGGCAGCUUAUUAUAACUCUAACAACGUCACUACUGAUCACAUUCAACAGUACUUGGAUGAGAACAAGUCCCUGAUUCUGAAGAUUGUGGAAAGCCAGAAUUCUGGGAAGAUCAAUGAGUGUGCUGAGAACCAAGCACGGCUGCAGAGAAACCUGAUGUACCUUGCUGCUAUUGCUGAUUCCCAGCCUCAACCUGCUAGCAUGCAUUCCCAGCAGCAGUAUGCUCAAAGCCAGAUGAUGCAGUCAGGGGGACAUUACAUGCAGCAACAGCAGCAGCAGCAGCAGCAAUCAAUGACACCUCAAGCCCUAAUGGCAGCACGGUCUUCUAUGCUUUAUAGUCAGCAAGCAUAUCCAACACUUCAACAGAGUCAAUCUCUGCAUGGCGGUCAAAUGGGAAUGAGCUCAGCUGGUAGCUCAGGAAUCAACAUGCUGCAAGGUGAACCUCAUAGUUCAUCCACCAGUGGUAUGCUUGGAGUUGGAGGAGGGUAUCAUGACUUUGGUCGUAUCAAGCAGGACAUGGGUAACUCAGAAGCCCGUGGUGGAACUUCAACCGAUGGGGGUGAGGCACUCUACUUGAAGUCUGGUGAUGAUGGAAAUUAACAAGAUUCUAGUACCAAAACUCGGUCUUUAGGAGGGUAUUAUUAAUUAAUAUUAAUUAGUCAAGGAACUAGUACUAGUAUUUACUAGGAAACAUGGAAUCGUUACUGAAAAAAGGUCACUGCUUCAAGGGCUAAAUUUUCUGUGGUGGAAAACAUUGUCGAGUUUUUACUCACAAAACUCCAUCUUCUUGGUUCUUUUAAGGGGUGAUACUCGGAAUCUUUUUUAUCGCUUUUAUUAUCUAUGUAUAUUUGUAGGAUUUUAUCUUCCUAAGUAUUUCAGUCCCAUCGUCUUUCAUAAACCCA